AUGCACAUCAUCAGCGAAGAAGAGAGUCCAAGGCCGAUCACGAACUGCUGCCACGCUUGGCCCUGGAACACGAGAGCGAUCAGAUCGUACUACGAAACAGCUACUUAUCCCGAAAAGGAAUGGGUCGAGGAGCGAAUCGGACAGUUUCCAGUUCAGGGCGAGUUCCUCAACAUCAGUUCAGCCGAUGGCCUCAUCGAGUUCAUGAACGAUGUCCAGGUGCCCGUCUUGAUCCAAGCGGCAAACAGCCAGCUGAUCCAGUCGUCCAAGUCAAGCGGAACACUCGAAAUCGUGACUGACUGUAUUGCCAAUUUCUCGCGAAACUACUAUCCCGAGCAAGAGUCUGCCUACCUCUCCCUCUUCGACACAGCUUCCCGAUCGAGUCUGACAGACGGAGACGAAUUCUUUGGCGCGAGCUUGAUGAAAGUGGUCGUCAGCUUGAGCGAACAAAACCUCGGCCAAGAGCUGCUCCAGAAAUCGGAAACUACGCUGGAAUGGACUGAGCGGCUUCUCGAAGAAAAACAAGGAGGAAAAGAGGUACAGAUCCGCUGCCUCUUCGCGGUGAACAACAUGAUCAACGAGACUGAUUGGACUCUUCGCCGCGAGAAAUCAAAGGACGUUAUCUACGUUAUCUUGGAGCUCAUCAAUUUUUCUCAAGAAAAAUAA